AUGGUAUCAGUAGCCUCUCUUCUUAACCCGGAGCCUCCUCGGGCUCCGUUGCCAAGUUCUCGACCCAGUCAAUUCGCUUCACCUUCAGCUCGUCCAGCUGUCGCCUUUACAUCAGGACCAUCACCCGACAGGCCGGGGACCAGGACAGCAAACAUGCAAGACGAUCCCAGACCAGCUCGACAUGCAGUCAGAGGCAUGGUCAACUAUCCACCGUUCGAGGACCUGGAUGCAACCUCGCUCCACGAGGUCCACAGGUUCCAUGUGUCAGAUCUGCGGGAGAUUCAGAGCAACUGCCGCCGGAUUCCUUACCACAGCCAAAAGAAAGACUUCUAUCAGAAGACCGGGCGAGAAAGCUUCGAAGUUUUCGAGUACUCUUUUAGACUUCCCAGGGACAGUCGCCUUCGAUCAGACAACACUUACACCGUCAUGUGGGAUUACAAUGUUGGCCUCGUGCGCAUGACUCCAUUCUUCAAGUGUCUUGAAUACGGGAAGGUUUGUUUGUUCCGGUGCUCGGUCCUGGAUGAGGAGGGAAAUUUGCUGAUUACAUUAGACUACUCCUGCGAAAAUGCUCAACCAGAACCCAGGGCUCAAGGACAUUACGCACAGCAUCACUGGGGGAUCUAUUAUCGCCCAAGGUAUGCUAUGCACGAGAGAUUACCUACGAUAGAUAUGCUAAUGCAUGUCGCAGGCUACUGGAUGCCAUACUCUUGUGCCAAGGCUGUCUGUGCAACAUUCUGUUACCAGAUUGCAGGUGCCUUGAUUCCCCUAUUCGGCCCAAGUUUCCCCUCGGAGUGCAUUCGGGAAGGUAUGCCUGGCUACAAACACAUGGUCAUCGAUCCCGACAUCAUUGCCAAAGCUAGGCUGGAGGCAAGGCGACUGCUACAUCUUCCAACACCACGCAGUGGCCCUCUACUCAGUCCACGCAUGUCUCGCAGCGUCAGUCCUCGACCAUGUCCACGACCGCCCCGGCUGGCCGCCGAGCCCUACAGCAACCGGAUAGACUACGAUCGACCGAUGCCUUUGAGUCCGCAUAGUAACGCAGACCACGAAUUCUAUGCUGGAUCGCCUGAUAUCUACAGUCGUAAUACACCCACCGAAUUCAUGCCCGGCGGAUAUGGGACUGGUAUCCGUCCACCACCAAUGAACACUCCAACAAGAUGGACUCCAGUAAACCUUCCACGGCCGUAUCCAUCGUAUCGCUCUGAUCCAUCUACUGAACGGGAGCAGCGUCGCCCGCAGCAUCAACACUAUCACUAUCCGCAACCGUGGACAAGGAACAACAUUGAAGACAAGUCCUACGGAUCUCGAGCCAAUCCAUGGCUCUCGGCAGUUCCACGUAUUCCAUCACUAUACCCUCAACACGCCGUACGGUCCCCCACCAUUCAAAAUACUACUGCACGACCAUACGAGCGUCCCGCGCAUACGUUACCACCCAUUCGAAGUCUCUAUCAAAGCCUUGGUGCGAAUAAACGGACAUUUGAUCAGAUCGAGCGGCCUACAAGCAGUCACUCCACGCCCGCAACUGACCAAAGGCCGGAUAUUAGUCCUUACCCCAAACUCCGUGGUCUUCCUCCCGCCUCGCGAUCCCUAAGCCCGAGUAUGCAAUCGGUUAGGCCGGCUUCGGAGGAGGAUGCUGCGCUAACACUGAUGCGACUUUGCGAAAAAACGAGCAAGCAGGAGGAGAAACAGGAGCGAGAGCAGAGACAAGAUGAUGCCAUUCCGGAGAGUUCAGGUGUGGGACCAAAAGGCGAGAGCAAUACUAUUUCCAGCAGUCUGGUAACGACUAUCGGCAGUCCUACGUGCAGCAGCGGCGGCCAGACAAGGGUAUGGAGCGAGGAUGCUGAUUUGAAGAUGGAGCACGCCAGCACACCGUCAUCUCCACAUGCUGGUGACGCCAAUGUGACUUCCACACCCAAUUCACUGGCCACCAGGUCCGUGUCCUCCUCCUCUGACGCCGACGACGAAGACAAUGAUGAUUGCAACGACGAUGUAAGUCCCAGGCGCAGGGGAGGGUCAAAGAGGAGGAGGGUUCUGAGCUGA